CUCUCUUCUUCCUUCCAGGAGUCAGAUGGCGGCUUGUACAUCUGCAUGAACACGUUCCUGGGCUUUGGGAAGCAGUAUGUAGAAAAGCACUAUCAGAAAACAGGCCAGCGGGUCUAUCUGCACCUCAAAAGAACACGUAAACCGAAGGAAGAAGACACCAACUCCAGUGCUGGGGACCCCCCAAGGAAGAAACCAACUCGCUUGGCUAUUGGUGUAGAAGGUGGAUUUGACAUUACAGAGGAAAAGUUUGAAUAUGACGAAGAUGUAAAAAUAGUAAUUUUCCCAGAGCAUUUGGAUAUUCCUCGCGAUGGGCUGGAGGGACUACCAGACAUGGUCAGAGACAGGAUUGCCAGUGCAGUCGAGGCCAUCCUGACAGCAGAUUCAGCCUCACGGAAGCAGGAGGUGCAGGCCUGGGAUGGGGAGGUUCGGCGUGUAUCCAAACAUGCUUUUUCCCUGCACCAACUUCAGAAUGAUGUCCGCAUUCCACCAUGUGGCUGGAAGUGCAGCAAGUGUGACAUGAGGGAGAACUUGUGGCUGAACAUGACUGAUGGAGCCAUCCUCUGUGGUCGACGCUAUUUUGAUGGCAGUGGUGGCAACAAUCAUGCAGUCGAGCAUUAUCGGGAAACUGGCUACCCACUGGCUGUGAAACUGGGAACAAUUACUCCUGAUGGGGCUGAUGUCUACUCCUACGAUGAGGAUGACAUGGUGUUGGAUCCCAACCUGGCAGAACACCUUGCUCACUUUGGGAUUGACAUGCUCAAGAUGCAGAAGACAGACAAGACAAUGACAGAACUGGAAAUCGACAUGAACCAGCGCAUUGGGGAGUGGGAGCUCAUCCAGGAGUCUGGUGUGCAGCUCAAGCCCCUCUAUGGGCCUGGGUACACCGGUAUCCGUAACCUGGGCAACAGUUGCUACCUCAAUUCUGUGAUGCAGGUGCUGUUCAGUAUCCCAGACUUCCAGAGAAAGUACGUGGACAAGCUGGAGAAGAUAUUCCAAAGUGCACCUUCGGACCCCACACAGGACUUCAGCACACAAGUAGCCAAACUGGGCCAUGGAUUGCUUUCUGGGGAGUAUUCAAAGCCAGCUUCUGCAGAUGGGGAACAGCAGCCCGAUCAGAAGGGUAUGCAAAAUGGCAUUGCUCCACGCAUGUUUAAGUCCCUCAUUGGCAAGGGGCACCCAGAAUUUUCCACCAACCGACAGCAGGAUGCCCAGGAAUUCUUUCUGCACUUCAUCAACAUGGUGGAGAGGAACUGCCGCAGCUCGGAGAACCCUAAUGAGGUCUUCCGUUUUCUGGUGGAGGAGAAGCUGAAGUGCCUGGCCACAGAAAAGGUGAAAUAUACCCAGCGUGUGGACUAUAUAAUGCAGCUGCCUGUGCCCAUGGAUGCUGCACUCAACAAAGAUGAACUACUGGAAUAUGAGGAGAAGAAGCGGCAGGCAGAGGAGGAGAAGCAGCCACUGCCUGAGCUGGGGCGAGCCAAGGUGCCUUUCAGCUCCUGCCUAGAGGCCUAUGGAGCUCCGGAGCAGGUGGACGAUUUCUGGAGCACAGCCUUGCAGGCCAAGUCUGUGGCUCUCAAAACAACACGAUUCGCCUCUUUCCCGGAUUAUCUGGUGAUCCAGAUCAAGAAAUUCACUUUCGGUCUGGACUGGGUGCCCAAAAAGCUCGAUGUCUCCAUUGAAAUGCCAGAGGAGCUGGAUAUCUCUGCCCUGCAGGGAACAGGGCUGCAAGAUGGAGAAGAAGAAAUGCCAGAUAUCGCACCCCCACUGGUGACACCAGAUGAGCCCAAAGGUAGCCUGGGGUUCUAUGGCAACGAGGACGACGACUCCUUCUGCUCCCCUCACUUCUCCUCUCCGACAUCACCCAUGUUGGAUGAGUCAGUGAUUAUCCAGCUAGUGGAGAUGGGCUUUCCCAUGGAUGCCUGCCGCAAAGCCGUGUAUUACACAGGGAACAGUGGGGUUGAGGCUGCCAUGAACUGGGUCAUGUCACAUAUGGAUGAUCCAGACUUUGCUAACCCCUUAGUCCUCCCUGGAUCCAGUGGGCCAGGGUCAACUAUUGCCUGCCCAGACCCUCCUUCAGAAGACAGUGUGGCCACCAUUGUCUCCAUGGGCUUCUCCCGGGACCAGGCUAUGAAAGCGCUUAGAGCCACGAACAACAGUCUGGAGCGUGCUGUGGAUUGGAUCUUUAGUCACAUUGAUGACCUUGACACAGAAGCUGCUAUGGAUAUCUCAGAGGGGCGCUCGGCAGCUGAGUCCAUCUCUGAAUCGGUCCCUGUGGGUCCUAAAGUGCGCGAUGGGCCUGGAAAAUAUCAGCUGUUUGCCUUCAUCAGCCACAUGGGCACUUCGACUAUGUGCGGACACUACGUUUGUCACAUCAAGAAAGAGGGCAGGUGGGUGAUCUACAACGACCAGAAAGUCUGUGCUUCUGAGAAGCCCCCCAAGGACCUGGGCUACAUCUACUUCUAUCAGCGGAUUCCCAGCUAGAGCCUCCUCUCGCUGUGUGUGGGGGGG